CUCACGCAAACAGCAUUAGCACUCCGCCAGACAUGGCAAAUGCUGUUCCUUCUCGCCGUCACCUCGACCUACGCUCGCUCGAACCACAGCGAAUGCAACGACAUAAACGACUGUCGGCGUCUAUUCGACAUCGUCUGGGGCUGUCUUGUUACACUCUCCUUGUGCAUUUGGGUCUCUGUGCACCCGAACGUGCCUCCUCUAUGCCCUGAGCCACCGAAAGGGAAUGGCUUGCGGUUCCUGAGAUGGUGGCUGGUCGACAGCAAUCGGCAUAUCUUCCAGCGACUGAAGCUCAUGACUGUGGCUCUCAUUGCGCCCGAACUCAUUCUGGGUUUUGCGGGACGACAGCUGCAGAUGGCUCAUUUCCUGUCUCACCAACAUGGUGUAUCGCUGACACACGCGUUUUUCAUCGUCAUGGGCGGCUUUGUGGAUGCGGACGGCCAUCCAAUCGUUACGCAACAGCAGCUCAAAAUCCAGGAUGUCGUUAAGGAAAUCCAUAGAGUUCCCAAGUUGGACAUUCAAGACAAGAGCAAAGGCGAUUUCUUCUCGAAAGGAAUCGCACUUUGUCAAGGACUCUGGUUUAUCACACAAUGCAUCGCUCGGCGAGCGCAACAUCUUCCCCUUACCGAGCUCGAAGUCGUGACCCUCGCAUUUGCAACAAUCAACGCAAUGACCUGGCUCUUGUGGCUCAGAAAGCCUCUCGAUGUGCGGAGCCCCAUCACGCUUUCUGUCCACACAACUCCUCCUAAUCAUGUUGGAAGUCGCCCCUAUCCUGGCCAUAUGACGCGGGUGAAGCGAUUUGCUUUUUUGUUCGCCAACUCAUACAGCCAGGCGGAGUAUGAUCCUUUGUCGGCGACAUCUGUCCCGACUUUCUGGUGCACUACCUACACUGAUUACAACACUCUCCCCGGCUGGUCAGAGUCUACUAUUACUAUUUUCGGCCAAUUCGCCUGCGGCACGCUGUUUGGCGGGAUCCACUUUGCGGCAUGGGGCGCGCCGUUUCCCUCUGUCGUCGAGAGGUGGUUGUGGCGCAGCUCGACGCUCGCGCUCGUCAUCCUGCCUGUCUUUUUUUGCGUCCUGAUGAUGAUCAUCGGUGCGCUGGACUUGCCUCCUCAACGAAUCAAAUAUCCGACCUUGGCUGUCAUCGGCGGCCUUUACUCGAUUUCAAGGGGUAUCCUCUUGGUGCUACCAUUGACCACCCUACGGUCUCUGCCUUCGUCUGCUUUUGCGGAUGUCAAUUGGAGCGUUUACAUUCCUCACUUAUAA